UACGAGGCUCACGCUUGAUCUCAAAUUCCUUCAAUUGCUUAUGGAAGGUUUUUAAAUAAUUUAAGAUGAUUUUAAAGCCUUCAAACGACCUCGAUUUAACUCGAAGAAUUUCGAACAUUUGUUUUAAAAUUUGGACAUGUCCCGAUUAGUACUUAGUAGCUUGAAAUGAAUUCUAAUCACAUUUGAUUAUUUCUUAAAUAUUUAGAAUUGUUUUAAGAAAUUUUAUGAAAUUAUCAAAUGAUAUUUUAUUGAAAAUCAAGUUUAAUUUAAGCUUGAAAGUGCUCCGAUAAUAUCCCUCAUUCCUUUUCCAAAUUAAAAAAAAAAAAAAAUCUUUCUUUCCUUCUCUUCUUGUGUUUUUCCAGAAUUCUUAUUCAAUUGCUUCACUUAGUUCAGUGCCGAUCAUAUAAUUAAUGUAAAAAGGAAUAAGGAACAGCAUUUUUUUACUAAUUACUUCUGUUGCCUCUCGGUCAGUCUCUUAACGCUUUGUUUCUCCCAACUACCAUAAAACGCGGUCCAAAAAUCCCCAAUAAAAUGCCGUCUCCUUGCUAGGGUUUCUACAAUUGUCUCAUCAUCUCAUUUCAAAUCUCUUCGAACUUGUUCUCUCCCAAAUAUUCUUCAGUCCAAUUUUGAACAUAUAUAUACAGUCCAAUUAAAAUUAAAUUCCAAGCCUGAAAUUUUCUUUGUUCUUUUUUUUGAGAAAUUAUAUUAUCAUUGUUCGAUGUGAGAAUGCCCGCCACGGAUUAUCAAGGAAGUUCGACACCGUUGAAUAUUAUUGGGCAUUCGUUAUUAUCCAUGAAGAGGGAUCAGGUACACGCCAUGGAGUCGCCAAACGACGGGUCAGCCUCGCACGAUUUCGAGCUCGGGUCUUUCCAAAGGCAAGUAGCUGACCGGUUUCACAAUUUAGCUUCUGUACCUCCUGAUGAAUUGCUUUCUCUUCCGUGGGUUCGGAAACUGCUCAAUGUUUUUCUUUGUUGUCAAGAGGAGUUUAGGCUUAUCCUUUUUAACAACAAAGCUCAAGUGAUCAAACCUCCCAUGGACCGUCUGAUUGCCGAAUACUACGAGCGUACAGUUAAGGCGCUUGAUGUGUGUAAUGCAAUUCGCGACGGAAUUGAGCAGAUCAAGCAAUGGCAGAAGCUUCUUGAAAUAGUGCUUUGCGCUUUGGGUGAUAAUAAUGGUAUUCCUAAUAAUAAUUGUUGUCAGAGAGCCCUAGGAGAAGGGCAAUUUCGUCGGGCUAAAAAAGCCUUGAUAGAUUUAGCAAUUGGGAUGCUUGAUGAGAAAGAUUCCGGUCAAGCUUUGUCUCAUAGGAAUCGUUCAUUUGGAAGAAUCAAUAAUAGCACCAGUCACUCCAAGGAUCAUCACCACCGUCCUUUGGGGCAUUUCAGGUCCUUGUCUUGGAGCGUUUCAAGGUCUUGGUCUGCUGCGAGGCAGCUCCUGGCGAUUGGGAACAACUUGGCCGUUCCUCGAGGGAGUGAUGUUGUAGCUACUAAUGGACUUGUAAUGCCUGUUUACACAAUGGGUUGUGUUUUGUUGUUUGUAAUGUGGGCGUUGGUGGCUGCUAUACCAUGUCAAGAUCGCGGUUUGCAAGUUCAUUUUUAUGUUCCCAGGCACUUUUCAUGGGCUGCUCCAUUACUUUCUUUGCAUGAGAGGAUUCUGGAGGAGUCGAAGAAGAGGGAUAGGAAAAAUGCUUGUGCACUGUUGAGGGAAAUUUAUCAGAUGGAGAAGUGUACGCGGUUGUUGGGUGAAUUGACUGAUACUGUGCAGUUUCCGUUGGGUGAGGAGAAGGAAAUGGAGGUUAGACAGAGAGUGAAGGAACUGGGGCAGGUUUUUGAUGCAAUGAAGGAAGGUCUAGAACCGCUGGAAAAGCAGGUUAGGGAGGUGUUUCAUAGGAUUGUUCGUAGCCGAACUGAAGGGCUUGGCUCUUUGGGAAGGGGAAAUAAUACCGAGUAAAAGGUCUGUUGUAGGGUUGGGAUGAUUUAAACUGUAAUUCUGGAAUGUAUAACUUGCAAAUGUGUUUUGCUUUGGGCUACGGAAGGAACUCGACGGUCAUGAAGACGAAAGAUAAGUGAAAAGAUGAUGAAGAUGGAGAAGAAAUGAAGAAAGAUUUGAGGCAUGCGCUACAAAGAUAAAGAAGGAUAAGAAGGAAACCAAAAAAAGAAAAAAAGAACAGAUUUUCUUGUAUUUAUCACCGCAUAUAUCAGUGUAGUGUAAAGAAGGAUAUGGAGUUGGCCCUUUGGUCCCAACGUCCUGCUUUGUGUUUUUAUUGUAUAAUCAAAUUUCUGAGUAAAUUUGCUUCUUGUUUCUUUAGUUGUUCUGUGUUCAGAAUUAUUUCCUAGUUGCAAAUGGUGUAUACUUCUGCUUCUUUGUUAAGAUUCUGCCUUAGGGAUAACAAGAUGAAUGAAACAGUUCGUUUUGUUGGUAAA